AUGGCGCAGAACAAUCAGGCCCGCGAGCAGGUCGAGAUUGCUAUGUCUAGUAUCCUCAUCCGCACGCCAUCUGUUGUUUCACGCUUUCCCGAUGAUAUCAUCAACAACGAGGAAAUGCUCACCACGCGAGAACUAUCCAUGUUCAUCGAUCUUGCCCGCCUCGAGAACCAGGUUGAGCAUCGUGAUGCAGAACUCGUACCUUCAAUUUCCGACUGGCGAAGAUUCUGGCGCCUGGUAUUCCGACGAUGGAACACCACUCAUCCGGAUAACGAAAGUCCCAUGUUUAUCGGCGAUCUCUCUUCUGAAACUGCCGUCAAAGUUGGUACUUUGGUGUGUAGUCAACCUCCCAACAAGGCCUACCCCGGACCCCAGCAGCCCAAAUGGCGACAGGCAGGAGCUGAUGUUUUCCUCGGUGUUUCCAUUCCCCCACAGCAGGGAUGGCUGGAGCUUCUAUGGAAAGACUCGAAAGGGAAGCCGGUAAAGCCAUCCAUUGUCAAGCUCGAUAUGGAACUUUACAAAUGCCUUGACCUUGCCAUUUCCCGAUACGAUCGCUGCGUACAGGAUCGUGUUGAAAAGUACAACGAAGAUUGCAUUGUUGCCACUGCUCGUCGACGUCUUGUUCACUUUGCCAAAGUGGGCACUAUCAGUGAGCCACGCCUUCUCGCUGGGGACGAAGCACCCAAUUUGCUGCCUGUUGUACUUGCUGGUGACCGUGCCGACAACAUGGCCAACACAUUCGCUAACCUGAAGGACCUACGAGACCGGCGGGCCAACUAA